UUCACAGCUUCUCCUGUUCACCCCGUCAUUAAAAACAAAGAGAAGGAAAUAUUUCACAACUCUUCCAUAAAGUGGAAUUCUCCCGAUGCCAAUGGCUGCCCAGUGAGUAUGUUCUCAGUGUACUACAAAGCUAUCAAAUCACGAAAUAAAGAAAGCGUUUGGCAUCAUAUCAAUACAUCGUCGGAUGCAAAUGAGCUGAGCUGCAGUAGUCUCCCACUUGAAUGUGGCACAGAUUAUGAAUUCAAAGUGUCUGCAUCGAAUGACGUGGGAACAAGUAACUUCUCAGAGUCCUGGCGAGUGAAAUCCAUCACAGGUAUCGCAGUAGUAUUUCUCUAUCUAUAUUUUUCCUAAAACCAUGUAGAAAUUGUUGGCAAAAUUGGGAAUCCUUCUGUGAUAGAGGGCCAGACUGCUAACAUCUUGACUUCGUGGUCGAGACUUUGAGCGCGAUGCUCGACGAGUUCGCGUGAAAUUUACCAAAAGUAUUUGACCAGUCUCUUGGCCGAGAAGAAACGCCGCGUCAUACCAACCAAGUUUUUUCCACAAUUAUUUGACACUUAUUGCAUUGUAUAAAUUAAAAAACUAAGAAAAACAAAAAAAACAAUUACACAAGUAUGGCCUCGCACAAGUGGAAAGCACGAGUGAUCGUGAAAAACUUUACAGGAGUUGAUUGUCAGCUGAAACUAUAACUCCACUGAUGGUUAUCAGAUUCCACGAGUCUCAAUACACAAUGGGAUGUAUGGAGAACUCUGUGUUGUACCGAUUUAUUCUCUUCCUAAAGAUUCUUUUUCAUGAUCAUCAUUACGUUUCCUGACCCAUCCCUUGUAACUCACACUCGAGAUUUACUUACUCCCUUUAUUUGCUGGGUUAAUUUUUGUUUGUUUGUUUGUUUUUUUCCUAUAUUCAUUUCAAUUUUGUUUUCCUAAGGGUACCCAGCCAUUGUCAACAGGACUAACCAAGUGAAUGGAAGUGUUGUGGUUGUCCGUUGGAAGCCGUGUACUGCUUCUUUAUUCACUAUAUAUCACAGAGAAAUGCUUUCAGAGGACAAAAGUCAUUGGAAAGCAGUAAACGUGUCGAGGCAUGAAACAAGUUAUGAUCUCCAUCUUGGAUGCCAAAAGGAGCAUGAAAUAGCUGUAACAGCCUGGAACUCUACAGCAGAGACUCCACUUACAGAAAUAUUAAAGCACGGCGGAAUUUGGAGAAUGAAAACGUUUGGAGGUGAGAACACUGUGUAAUUUUCAGUAAAAAAAAAUUUCGCAAAAAAGAAAAGUUUGUCAAUAAAAUUUCAUAUCAACCAGUAUUUCAAAAGUUCAUUGGCUUCGUUUGAUUUCCUAGCUGGACGCCGACUUGUGACUGCUAUUCAGGUCAUACAUGUUUCUUUUGAGUACGUUUUGUUAAUCUAAAAUGUUUUGACCAUGAUUCCAAUCAUUUGUUGUUCGAACUUCAAACUCCAAAGCGUCGAAUUCGCCGUAGCCUCCUAGAAAACUUAUCAUUUUAGCAACAGUCACAGUUCACAUGCUAACUUAUGUUUACCAUUACUAUCACUGACGUGCUUCUGCUCCUCUCUAAGAGCCAGUCACGAAAUAUUCUAUUUUGUGACAAGUGGCUCAGAUGCACGAAACCCUCCGAGAUUCCGGCUUUGGUUAAACGAGAACUAACCACCGACGUGUUUUGUUGUAGAUCGUGGGAUUAUUUUCUCUUACUGGAAAUUUCAUACACGUGUGACAAUAAUGUUUUCUUAAUUCCUAUAUAUUAUGUAACAACUGAUUCCACACUGUUAAUUUGACGCGGAUGAGAUAAAGUUCCAACAGCGAUGAUUUAAUUCAGGGUCAAGAAAUUUUGGCACACUUACGCGAACUGACAAGAAUACCUCGCUUUCAGCAAAUGAAAGUCAGCGUAGGGGUCAGGUGCGGAUGCACAUUGCGUUUUAUGAAUGCUCCGUCAAAAAGCCUUUAUUGUCGUUAUUGCUUCAGAUAAACCGUCUCCUCCGAUUAUAAAAAGCAAAGAAGUUCAGAUGUCUGGAUGUGACGUGAACCUCAAGUGGGGUUCUACACAAGACAAUGGCUGUCCGCUGACCAUGUAUACAGUAUAUUACAGAGAAGUGCAAUCUUUGGGUGAAGAUGAGUACUGGAAUCACAUCAAUGUUACCAUGGACUCUACUUCAACGAGUCUCACGUCGCUCAAGUGUAACUCUGAGUACACUUUUAAAGUGACUGCUUGGAAUGAACUGGGAGAAAGUAAUACCUCAAAAGAAUGGCGUAUAAAAACUGCUCAGAUCACUGACAUUUCUCGCGGACGAACCCUCAGCAUUGCUGUAUUUGUAGGAUGUGGGCUAUUUAUUCUCUUAACUGUUGGAAUCCUUUACUUCAUGAUCAGACAAAGGAGAAAAAAGAGGAAAAUUCGAGGCCACAAAACAAGAAGGUUGGAAAACGUUUUAUUCUAGGAAAUGUGUUAGCUAACCCAAUCCCAAACUGUAAAAUGUUGUUAAUUAUUAUAUUCCAGAGAACUUCUGCUUCCGUGAGUGAAUGUGUUUCUCCCGUAUCAUCUUUACAUAUGUUAAUUAACAUGCAUUUGAUCAUAGAGCCCGCCCUCUAACAAACUAUCUAUCCCUCAAUGCUUCGUAUACGAGUAUGUGUGAAAUCUUGAUGAACAAAAGAGAAAAGACUCUUCAAUGCUCUAUUAGAUCGAUGUCAGACAUUGUCCCCUUGCUGUUAAAAGAGAUUCCCCCGGAACGUGUAACCAUUAUGGAAGAGCUGGGUCGCGGCGCCUUUGGUAAAGUACACAAAGGAAUCUUAAAAGAAAUGCCGAAGGUUGAAGUGUUUUUAAAGCCCAAAGAAGAAAGAGAGGAUCAUAUUAAAGAAGGAAGAGUUGUCGCCGUAAAACUCUUACAUGGUAAGGAAUUACUGCAUGAUAUAUUCGCUUUUUCGGUUAUGCGAGCCUUUUGAAUAAAUCACGAUGAAAAGGUUAGUGACUCAGAACUUCAUAGUUAUUGGAUCUAUUUUAUUCAAUCCUUUACUUGAGACAAGAAAACUGAAAGAAAGAAGAAAUUACCGAACGUUAUUCUAUCAAACACGUCAAGUACCGACCGUAAUCACUGAUGAAAUACACUUCCACAUGGCUAAUCACGAGAAACCAGUCUCUAAAAGUAUGACAGCUUUUUCUCUACACUUGCUGGGCUUUAUCCUCGUGGAUCUUUCGUGUUUAAACAUUCCACAGUUUGGUAACGUGUUUUCUUCAGAGGCUUUCGACUUCUGUGAUCGUCGUGACCGUUCAGACCAAAUUACACAGAAUGAUCCGUCCGUCAGUGACUUAAAUUCUACUUCCCAGCCGGUCAUUCGAAAAGGAAAUAUCUUGCCAAAAUCGUUGUAGGAGGUUCUACGAAAAUUGAGUCGAGCGUAUGAGUCGCCAGUUAUUACGAAAAAAAUUUACUGAUCAAAGUAGUGAAAUAUUUGUGAACAUGCAUCACUCUAUCGUCAUUUAGCGAACAUAAGCUUUAUUUAGUUAAAUCGAGGAAUUAAAUUCGCUGUAUUUUAUCAUAUUCCGCUUUCAGAAAGAGCUGGUGAGGAAGGGCAAGAGUUGUUUGUCAGAGAAAUUUCGUUUAUGCAGCGAGUUGGUACUCACAGGAAUGUACUAAGCAUGAUUGGUUACUGGGACAGAUCAGAGCCAAUCAUGCUAAUCCUGGAAUAUGUUCCAAAUGGAGAUCUUCUGCAGUGGCUGAGGAACAAAAGGCAACAGGUAAAAAUAUUUUGUACCUUAAAAACCAGGAUACACUGGAGAGGCCACUGAUCCAUCGCUAAGCACAAAUACCGUCUGAAAAAAGUAGGAAAGGUGACCUAAUUCGUAAGUCUACUUGAGGUACCAAGUACAAAUACCACCUAGGUUGUGAGGGGAUGUUGAUGAUACAUUUAACUUUUUUUUUUCCGUUAACAGAGUUUCCAAAACGCUGUUACAAUUCCCUAUCUCUGAAUUUAGAUGGGUCUAACAUUUCAAAAUUGUUCGACAUAUUUUGUCAACUGUUUUGUUCUCGAUAAGUGGAAUUGUUCCAACGUCAUCUUUCAUUGAUUUCAGGUAAAAUCUAAAAACGGCAUUGAUGGCGUUAUUUUUGAAUCUGUGGACGAUUUAUCAGACAGUAGUGCGAGUUCAAAUGGAGCUGCCUCAACUGGUAAGUCAGAGGACGAAGGCUUUCACGAUAGUAGAGAGAAACUCACGACUGUGCAGGAAUUCAAAGAAGUCUCCGAAAAACAAGACUUCAGCGUCACGUCGGACAUUUUAAUUAGUCUGGUAGAACAGCCAUUUACAGACGAGAAAAGGAAUGACACUGAAGAACUUGGCAUAAAAAUUUCCCAAACUGAUUUUCCAUCUGGCCUCGAAGGAGGGAAAAACUCACAGAGCCAACAGUCCAAUGAACUGAGUUACAUGGAUGUGACUUUGCCCACUGUAAGUGCAAACACUGCAUUGCCCUUUGUAAGUGCAAGCACCAGUUUGGAAGAUUUUAACGCUGAUUUUCGACCCAGUAGUGGAAGCGGAGACGAUUUGAACAUCAAGAAGGCAGAGAAUGAAAACGGAAAUGAAGAUAAAGGGAGAGAGGGAGUGAAAUCAUCGAUUGAUAAAGAGGGAACUAUCGGCAUUUCAUUUAAAAGUGCCCGUUCCUUACCGCAGCCCCAGGAGAACAUGGAGCGACAACUAGAAACAAGUGAAACUGGUGAGAAGGCAGUUGACUUCACCGUAGAAGAUGUACUUUGUUUUGCAUGGCAGAUAGCAGAAGGAAUGGUAGGUGAUUGAACUAAAUGAAAUAAAUGUUACGAUCAGACACUUUCCAGGAGUGUAGGAAUAAUCGUGCUUCCCUAUUACCCCACCUUCGAGGAAAAGUUCUUUGCUAUAAACUGGGGCAAAAUCAAUGAAAUGGGGUGAGAAAUUUAGAUAAACGUUUGAUUCUUGAUACACAAACAAUUCUAUUCUAAACAUUGGAAAUAACGUUAAAACCGGAAGCUCUCAUAUCGCAAAGUCAUCAAAAAACUAAUUAAACAUGCCGUCGUAACUAUCUAUUUACUUUGUUCAGCAAUUUUAACUGAUACAACCGGUUUAAAUCAGACAGCAAGAACUGAGCUACCAUGGGUUUACUGAUGUUCUCCUUUUCCACAAUGGGAAACCAUAAAAGAAAGGAAAGGAUAGAUGGCACAUGGUUUGUAAGGACUUCAUUUUUCUUGGUUUCUUCUAUGAAUAGGAGUACUUAGCUGGUAAGGGAUUUGUUCACCGUGACCUGGCAGCACGUAACAUCCUUAUUGGUGAAGACAGAGCUGUAAAGAUUGCUGACUUUGGCCUGUUACGUCACACGUAUGGGGAUAUUUAUGAAAUAAAGAACACGAGGAAACUUCCAAUCAAAUGGAUGGCACCUGAGUCACUAAACAGUGGCGCAUACACUUCUAAAAGUGACGUGUGAGUAUUUAAAGUUUAUAGAGCACUUAUAGGGGGGAGGGGGGUUCUCUCGACGUACAUCUUUCACGUUUUAUUCUGAGCUCAAUAUUUGUAAAUGUAAGCAGUAACUAGCUCUCACAUGUAAAUGCAUGUUCCUUACCAGAGCAUCCUUCCCACUGGACUUAUCAACCACAGGGUAGUCAAAUUCAGGGACAUGAUCGUCUGCAUAUUCUGUUCAAGCAUCCUACAACUAGAUUAUUAAUUGACGGUAUACCUUAGUAUUAUUAACUGAGUUGAUAACAUAAAAUUUACCACCGUAAAUAAUUGAAAAGCUGACGUUUGGAGUAUUAGCCAUUCGACUAUCCCUCUCGACGAAGGGCUAACUCUCGAAACGUCAGCUUUAAAACUCUCGACGGUUGUCAAUUUACGUUAUCAACUCAGCUGAUAAUACUUAGUCACCCUGUUAUACUCUCCGACCCCAGCACCACAGUUUUUUCAGAAACUUACCCCUUUAGUAAUUGACUGUAUCUGUCAUCAGGCUUGCAAAGUAAUUAUUUAUUUAAUUAUUUUCGUUCCCUUUUUUCGGUAGUUGGUCUUUUGGUGUACUUCUUUGGGAAUUGUGCACAAUGGGUGAGUAACAACACCUGAUGUAUCACAGCAAAAGUAUCCAACCUCUUUUGUCACAAUAAAUACCCCGAGAGAAACCCUUACCUUUAACGCUUGUCUUUCAGUUAUAGGUUCGUUUCAGCUGCCUAACUAAAUUUUGCUAUUUGUGCUGGACUAUUUUUACUUCUGCUCAAGAAGUGUUCAUUACUGCGAAGAUUGCUUUCAUAAUCACGUCUUUAUCCGCAGUUCAAAUAUAUGACUUUCACAUAUUCUCAGUCGUUUAUGCUGGACUGUGUUAUAAAUAAAUGUGAGAGAGAGGGGAGGGAUGGCAAAAAACAAUGAUUCAAUCAACAACCUCCGAGCCUGAGAGGCGUUGGAUUGUUGAUUUGAAUCAAAGAGAAAUGGACCCACCAUUGGGGAAAAAGAGGCUAGAAGCGACCUGGCCGCUGAGAAAUAUGUCACGUGGUGUUUGACAUCUGUAUUUUCUCAAACCUUUUAUUAACGAGGGGUCUAAGACUUAUCGAAGUUGUUAUGAAAACAAUUUUUCUAAUAACUUUUUUCCUUCUUCUGACUUAACCUGCAUCCAAGGUGGCAUCCCCUACCCUGGAAUAAGCAACAGAGAGUUGUUAAAACUUCUUAAGUCAGGAUAUCGAAUGGAAAAACCAGCCAUUUGCUCUGAUGAGCUGUAAGUUUAACAGAUAAUAUUCAAUUGUUUCAUGCAAUUAACGUUAAUUUAACACCAACUAAAUCUUGUCGGCUGAAGUUUUGCUUUUUGUCUAUUUGACUGAGCGAAUCUCUUUUGAAGUUAUAGGUAAGGUCUCGCGGAGAUAUGCAGUUUAGCAUCAAUGAUUAUAGUAAUCUAGAUAAUUCCAUUUAAGUGAAUAAUUAAAAAAAAGGCUGACAAAUGUGACAGACGAAUGAGAUCAAUGCUAGAAAAGAUAAUGUACCAGUAUGAGAAACUCUACAAGGAAACAAGUGCUUCAAGAAAACAUUGAUUUCAGGGAUAGUUAUUUCAGUGAAUCACAUUGUAUACCUAUCAAGCUAACCAUAAAAGAAAAAAAUAAGUACCAAGUCUUUUUUUCAAUAACAUUUUGUCAUUGAAGCAUCGAGGUGGCCAAAAUAUUGAACAAGAUAUGGUUUUCAAUAAAAUUAUUGAGCAUAUUUGGUGAGGACGCCUUUAAAUUGUAAUUUGUUUGAAAGCCCGAGGCGAACUUUAUCAUGUCUGCAUUCUCUUUCCUGUGCUUUAGUCCUCAGUGUGUGAAUCAACAGUAAAUAUUGAAGACCAUAGCUUCCACAUAGCGCCAAUGUCCCUAUUGACACCAGAAUACUUUAUAUCUUAUCAGAUACGAGUUGAUGUUAGGCUGUUGGAGGGUAGACCCAGAGGAGAGACCAUCAUUUCAACAGCUGAUAACAAGAAUGGAAGAAAUGAUGACGAGGGACACUCCUUACUUUGAUCUGAAUGAAGACUAUGAAAGCGUUGCCUCUAACAAUGAGACGACAUCCGAAACUGACUAA